AGGCAAAUACUGUGGGCAGUUCGUUCAAACAUAUCGUAGAAAAGAAAAAAAGGGAAGCAAGAAAAUACAGAUGGAUCGUCUUUGGUAUCAUCGCCAUUGCUAUUUCUACUGCAUCUUUGCUUCAAAUCUGGCCCCCCUCUUUGCAUUUGUAUCUCCGCCUCCUCCCCUUUCUCUCUCUCUCCUCUCUCCCACUAUAUAACCACUUUUUCCGCCACACCACCCCACUCUUCUGUUUCUCUCUACGCUCGCAACUUCAAACGCAUUUACAUUUGUAGAGAGAGACAGAGGCUUCAAUGGCAGCUUCAUUUGGAGUUUCAUCGGCCGCAGUUGCCCUUGCGGAUCACGCCGUCAAAUCUUCUGCUUUCCCUCUUCCUUCUCUUACAGUAAUCAGAUCUGAGGCGAGGCCGAUCUCGGGUCGGGUUAAUAGAUCUCGCAAGGCUGGGAAAAUCUCUACUCACGCAGUUGCGGCACAGACUGAAAAUCCUGCCUCAGCGGCUUCCAAACCAGGGCAUGAAGUGCUGCUGUUUGAAGCCCUUAGAGAAGGACUGGAGGAAGAAAUGGAGAGAGAUCCUAGAGUUUGUAUCUUUGGUGAAGAUGUGGGACAUUAUGGAGGUUCAUACAAGGUCAGCAAGGGUCUUGCUGACAAGUAUGGAGAUCUGAGGGUGCUCGAUACACCCAUUGCUGAAAAUUCUUUUACUGGCAUGGCUGUUGGGGCAGCUAUGACAGGUCUAAGGCCAGUUGUUGAGGGCAUGAACAUGGGAUUUCUUCUCUUGGCCUUCAACCAAAUAUCUGACAACUGCGGCAUGUUGCACUACACCUCAGGCGGGCAAUUCACGAUUCCAACUGUCAUCCGAGGACCAGGAGGAGUUGGACGCCAACUUGGGGCCGAGCAUUCACAGAGGCUCGAGUCCUACUUCCAGUCCAUUCCUGGAAUACAGAUGGUUGCCUGUUCGACCCCAUACAACGCCAAGGGUCUGAUGAAGGCUGCCAUCCGCAGUGAGAAUCCUGUGGUUCUCUUCGAGCACGUGCUCCUAUACAACUUAAAGGAAAGAAUUCCAGAUGAAGAGUAUGUAGUGUCACUAGAAGAAGCAGAGAUGGUGAGGCCCGGUGAGCAUGUUACAAUCUUAACGUACUCUAGGAUGAGAUACCAUGUCAUGCAAGCUGCCAAGACUCUGGUGAAUAAAGGCUACGACCCAGAAGUGAUUGAUAUUAGGUCUUUGAAGCCCUUUGAUCUCUACACCAUUGGAAACUCUGUGAAGAAAACCCACAAAGUAUUGAUUGUUGAGGAGUGCAUGAGAACAGGUGGUAUCGGAGCCAGCCUUACCGCUGCAAUAAAUGAGAAUUUCAAUGACUAUUUGGAUGCACCAAUUGUUUGCCUCUCGUCGCAGGAUGUGCCCACUCCUUAUGCUGGGACAUUGGAGGAAUGGACUGUUGUCCAACCUGCACAGAUUGUAACAGCCGUUGAGCAGCUCUGCCGGUAGCUUUUUAAAGAUCUCUCUCUCUGCCUUUCUGCAUUGGUACUGUUUCAAUGGUAUCUCAUUUCAUCACAACUUAGUUAUCCUUUUCCUAUUGAAUAGUUAUGUUAUAGAUCAGUUUAUUAAAUGAUUGUGAACCUAUCUAUCUCAAGUGUUGCUCCAGAUGAGGCGCCUUAUCUUAUUCAAAAAAAAGACUAAUAUGGCUCCUCUCUCUGCCUUGGAGAAAAUCAUUAUUUUUUGUGAGGUCCUCUGAACUACUUAAAUUCAGUUAUUUGGCUUUCUCACAUUAUGAUAUAACUUUAUUCCCUUAAAUUGGACUUGAUCAAAAAAUGUAUUUGUAAUCCCUUGUACUGCAAAGUUCGAUUGUUUUGCCCUUUUAAA